ACCCACAGAAAAAAACCAAACAAUUAAUCACCUCGAUAGUGCAAGUUGAGACGUUUUGGGAUGCCUGUGUUUUGUCAGAUAUUUGGGCGUGCUGUGGUUUUUCAUGGUAGGAACGCCUGUCGAUAAUUGCUGUUAAUGCAGACAUUGGAACUGAUAAGUUACGUAACCUUGUAGUAAGCUUACUCCUUCAUCUAAAAAUGCUGUAGUUUAGCUAAGAGUUUAGAUUUGCUCCUUACUGCACUUCUCCUUUCUCGUAAGAGUUUGCUUUUCGUUAUAAUUUGGAUCUUCACUUUGCGGCAUGUUUCGCUUGGUGUCUUCGAUUCAAGGAGCUGUCUGCAAUGGCGGGAAUUUCAGUUUACGUCUUGCUGCCCUCACUCGUCCAAAUAUUUGGCCUUAUUUUCCAAGUUUUAGAUAUUAUUCCACCACGAGAACAUUUUUUAUCAACUCUCCCAAGUUUAAUGCUCCUUUGAGAGUGUUUGGUAGUGAUGGUCGAGGGUUUUCAACUGUUAAAGUUCAUUUUCGAUUUUUUAGCAAUAUUCAAAAAGAAAUUGUUUCAAGAAAUGGCAAAAAUGCUAAUGGUUCUGUGAAAAAGACACUGAAAAAGCCUGAUGCAUACCGAUUAUUGUCCUUAGCCAAGCCAGAGACUGUACAUCUCAUAGCUGCUGUUGGUUUGUUAAUUGUGUCAUCUGCGGUCACCAUGUCUGUUCCUUUUUGCAUUGGGAAAAUCAUUGACAUUAUUUACACUGCAAGUAAAGACCCAGAGCAGACAAUGAAAUUGCUGUCAAAUAUUUGCAAGAUUCUCUUUGGAGUAUUUUUGGUUGGUGGGAUGGCUAACUUUGGUAGAGUUUAUCUUGUUCAGAUGGCAGGGCAGAGGAUUGUCAAAAGACUCCGACAUAAACUAUUUAGCUCGAUUAUGCUACAAGAAACAGCAUUUUUCGAUCUUAACAAGACAGGUGAGCUCAUUAACCGCCUGUCAGCUGACACUGUCCUUGUCGGCAAAGCUGUGACUGACAAUGUUUCUGAUGGACUUAGAGCAACUGCACAAGCUAUUGCUGGGGUCUCUAUGAUGGUAUAUGUCUCACCCAAACUAGCUGGCCUAGUCCUCGUGAUAGUGCCGACCGUCGCAGUUGGGACUGUAAUAUAUGGAAGGUUUUUAAAAUCCAUUACAAGGAAAGUACAAGAUUCCCUGGCUGAUGCAACACAGGUUGCAGAAGAGAGGAUUUCAAACAUCAGAAUAGUAAGAGCUUUUGGUCAGGAAAACAAAGAAAUCCAAAGGUAUGGUGAAAAGAUCGAACAUGUUCUCAGCUUGUCAAUGAAGGAGACUUUAGCAAGGGCUGUGUUCUUUGGCUUUACUGGUUUUUCAGGUAAUUGUGUGGUCCUCACUGUCUUAUACGCUGGUGGAUUAAUGAUGACAGAUGCACAAAUCUCUGUUGGAGAUCUCACCUCUUUUCUCCUCUACACUGGCUUUGUAGGAAUCUCUGUUGGAGGUCUAAGUUCAUUCUAUUCAGAGUUAAUGAAAGGGAUAGGUGCUAGUGAGCGACUGUGGCAGCUAAUGGACAGGAAGCCCGCAAUUGCAAUCACAGGCGGUUAUGUCCCACCGAUUAAUGCCCUCGAAAAAGGAAUCCAGUUCCAGAACAUCCACUUCUCGUACCCUUCCCGCCCUGAUGUACCCAUUUUCAAGGACCUAACUCUCGACGUUCCUGCCGGAUCAGUAACGGCUCUAGUAGGUCCGAGUGGGUCGGGUAAAAGUACACUAGGGUCUUUAUUGUUACGUCUGUACGAUCCCGAUCAAGGACACGUGAUAGUCGGUGGGCAUGACGUCAAGACGCUCUCUCUUGAUUGGUUGAGGGGAAGUGCUGGGACAGUGCAUCAGGAUCCUAUUCUAUUCUCUUGCUCUAUCGGCGAGAAUAUAGCUUACGGUGCUGCCGCGGACAAGAAAGUAACUGCUGACGAUAUUAUCGAUGCUGCCAAACAAGCUAAUGCUCAUUCCUUCAUACAGUCUUUCACUAAAGGCUAUGAUACUGUUGUAGGAGAAAGGGGACAAAUGUUAUCAGGUGGUCAAAGGCAAAGAAUUGCUAUUGCAAGAGCCAUUCUCAUGAAUCCCAAAAUACUACUCUUGGACGAAGCUACCAGCGCAUUAGACGCAGAGAGUGAACAUUUGGUCCAAGAGGCUCUAGAACGCUUGAUGAAAGGACGCACCGUCAUCACCAUUGCACAUCGUUUGUCCACCAUUAAGAAUGCAGAUCAUAUUGUGGUGCUUGAUAACGGCGCUAUUGCCGAGUCUGGGUCUUAUAACCAGCUUAUGGCCCACGAUAAUGGACUGUUUAAGAAACUUGUUGAAAGGCAAACCAUCGCAAAUAGCAACAAAUAGUUGAAUGAGCAAUGUCAAGGUAGGGUCGACUUGAGGAAAAUCAGGGGAGAGGGGGUAGGGAUCUAGUACGAGGAAGUCCCAUAUGUAUGCUUGAGGAAAACAUCACGAUAUAAUUAAAAAAAUCAAAGUUAA